AUGUUAUUGUGUCUCUGGGUGAUAAGACUUUUUAACAUUCCGACAGUAAUUCCCGAAUUUACUAAUAGCAUUAUCCUUUUCUCAAUAGUUCCUAAUGCAACUUUUACUUUAAAACAAUUUCGUUCUCAAUUAUCAACCCAAUCUCAUGGAAUCAUUAAUCAAAUUUUUCCCAACAAAAUUAUUGAAUUAAACCGCUUAUUUAAUGAUUAUACUAACAAAAAGUUCACAUCCCAACUUGAUUUUUGUUUUGAAGAUUCACAACAGACUGACAUUAAUUUGUCAUCACAAAGUUCUCUUUUCUCUAUUUACUCAAAUAUUGAUUGUUCACAAUAUUCCAAUUCUUCAAUUCCCACCAUAAAUAUACCUAACAUUAAUAAAGAUAAUUCAAAUGCACCUAAAAAAAGAAAAGGAAAUCCUGACGAAGAAUAUAAAGAGCAAAAUAUUGAUCACAAAAAAAUUAAAGAUGGAAAUUCAAAAGAAAAUCUGCAUAAGUUUUGUGAUGACGCGAAUAGCGAGUAUAAUGAAAUCGCAAAAUUAUCUGUACAACAUUUGAAUGAAGGAAAAGAUUAUCGUUGUAUCGAAGAAUUGCAAAAAAUUCUUAAAGAUGAAGUUGCUUGCUUGAUAGAAUAUUGUUGCAAAUUAAGAGUUUGGAUAUCCACUAACACAGAAGAAAAAACUUCUGGUAUGUCAACGCUUGAAGUUAUAACAACUGAAUUGUCGCGUGUUGAAGCAAAUUCACUUGCAUUUUUGGGUACCUUUACAAAAUUUCAUGUUGACCGUUCCGAAUUAAUCAAAAAUAUUUAUAAAUAUCCUUCGAUUCAUGAUAACUUCAAUGCUCUCGUUUAUUUUGAUUAUAAACAUUUAAUUAAUAUUAGACAUCAUCUUCAAGAUAUGUUUAAUACUUAUGUUAUUAUUCAUAAUAUUUUUCAGAAUGAUAUAAUUCCUUUAGAUGAUUAA